AUGUUCGACAUCGACUGCUGGUUUUCUGGCUCGAUGGCUGCCUUCAGGUCCAGUGGUGGAUCCAGCUCGGUGUCAGCUCACUAUUGUGCAGACAGACAUGGCCGUUGGCAAAGCGAUCAAGAUGAAUUGUCUAUAAUUUCUUAUUACAUCGUAUUUAUGUAUCUCUUUCCAAUGCACAGUUGUGGUGCUGCUGAGAACCGUAUCUCAAAACUCCAUUCAGAUAUUCGACUUACAACCAAGGAUCAGUUCGAUCGCGAAGUGAUGUGCACUUCCAUGUGCGUCGAAGUAUCAAUGACAGCUGGUGAUGCUUCCAUCUAUGCUUCGACACGAUUCCCUUCAGCAACUUUGCCCUCAAUAGAACUCAUCAAAAAGAAUCCCUUCCAACCUGUGCUUAUGAAUCGUUGCCGGUAUAUGUCAGUUUCUGCCAUGCCUGCUUAUUUGAACUACUCGUACGAAGAAAUUCGUCUGGGUUUCACCAAAGCUACGGUUGUGAGAGAGAAGAUCAGCUUGAAACACAAGAACAAUUGCACCUUUGAAGGAGAGUGGACACCAUCAGUAGCUGGAAGCUAUCGGGUUGCAUGUCGUGUUGAUGGUUGUGAGCUUACGCAUAACUAUUUGAUCGAAAUAUCAGAACGAGAAGAGCACACAAAACGACGAGAACCUCGCACAGCGCAGUUGAGUAGGGCUAGGAAAGCGACUAUACCGGCCACUUUGCCUUUUCAAGCAAUUCGUAUGCGCCUGGGCACCUCGUUGACAGCACCUUGUGUCGGAACUAUCCCACGCGGCGGUACGAUUUCGUAUAUAGAGAAAAUCGAAAACGAGGAUGGAAAAUGGCUGCGAUUGACCGAUGAAACAGCAGUACUGUAUGGUCAUGGAAAUAUGUCUGGACAGGUAUGGUGUCUUGCCUAUCACCAACAUCUCCAUCGCGAACUGAUUCCGAUCGCUACCGAUAUCGCGGACAGGCUA